AUGAUGAAAUCAGAGGCGGUAAUCAUGGCACCGCUCACUGAGACUGAAUUGUCGCAGAGAGAGGUGAUCAAGCCACAAGAUGUCCUUCGACUACCAGCUAUUACUCAAGAUUAUCUAUGCAAACCAUCAGCGAACAUCUAUGAGAUUGAAUUCACGAGAUUCAAGAUUCGAGACCUUGAGACGGACACAGUGCUCUUCGAAAUCGAAAAGCCUCCAGCCUCAGAUGAAUGCAAUGGUGCGCAUUCUCCUGAAGAGCAAGCCGAACCAUCGAGAUAUGUUCGAUAUCGAUUCACGCGAGAUUUCCUCAAAUUGAAACACGUGGGAGCGACGGUGGAGUUCACCGUGGGCUCAAAGCCGAUCAAUCGAUUUCGCAUGAUUGAACGACAUUUCUUUAAGGAUCGUAUGUUGAAGGCGUUCGAUUUCGAGUUCGGUUUUUGUAUACCGAAUUCGCGAAACACGUGUGAGCACAUCUACGAGUUUCCGCAAUUGAGCCAAGCACUUUAUGAUGAGAUGGUUGAGUGCCCGUAUGAGACCCGAUCGGAUAGUUUCUAUUUUGUUGACGACGUCCUUAUCAUGCACAACAAAGCCGAUUAUGCAUAUGAUGGG